AGCCUGAGCCAGGAAUGCAGCACUGCUGGGAAUGCAGCCUGAGCCAGGAAUGCAGCACUACUGGGGGUGCAGCACUGCUGCAGGUGCAGCCUGAGCUGGCUGAGCGUGGAUGGAAUCCCGGUGGGAUUCAGCUGGAGCAGGAGCAGCGCUGGGCAGGCGGUGGCACACGGAGCUCCUGCAGGGAGUGGAACACCAGCACAGAGCAGUGCAGGGUGCCAGGGGCAGAUUUCCCUGGCACAGGGGGAGCAGCACUGGCACAGAACACCAGCACGGAGCAGGAGGCCAGGGACAGCUUUCCCUGGCACGGGGGGAGCAGCACCAGCACAGAACACCAGCAGGGUGCCAGAGGCAGCUUUUCCUGGCACAGGGCACUGGCACGGAGCACCAGCACGGUGCAGAUCACCAGGACAGCACCAGAGCUGGAUUUCCCCAGCACAGAGCAGAGCAGGCUGCCAGGGGCAGAUUUCCCCAGCACAGAGGGAACAGCAGGAGCAGCACCAGCUCAGCAUAGAGCAGGAUUUCAGAGCCAGCUUCUCCUGGCACAGAGAGAGCAGCAGGGGCAGCACUGGCUCAGCACAGAGCAGGAUUUCAGAGCCAGUUUUCCCUGGCACAGCAGCACCAGCACAGCACAGAGCAGGGUGCCAGAGGCAGUUUUCCCUGACACAGCAGGAGCAGCAGCAGCAGCACUGACACAGAACACCAGCACUGGCACAGAGCAGGAUGCCAGAGGGGUUUUCCCUGGCACAGCAGGAGCAGCACUGGCACAGCGCAGGAUGCCAGAGGGGUUUUCCCUGGCACAGCAGGAGCAGCACUGGCACAGAGCAGGGUGCCAGAGGGGUUUUCCCUGGCACAGCAGGAGCAGCACUGGCACACAGCAGGAUGCCAGAGGGGUUUUCCCUGGCACAGCAGGAGUGGCACCAGCACCAGCGUGGUGCAGAUCACCAGGACAGCACCAGAGCUGAUUCCCCCAGCACAGAGGGAGCAGCAGCAGCAGCACCAGCACAGAGCAGGGUGCCAGGGGCAGAUUUCCCUGGCACAGCAGGAGCAGCACAGAGCACUGGCACAGCACAGGAUACCAGAGCUGGAUUCCUCUGGUGGAGCAGGAGCAGCACUGGCACAGAGCAGGAUUGCAGAGCCAGUUUCCUAUGGCACAGCAGGAGCAGCACCAGCACAGAGCAGGAUUGCAGAGCCAGUUUCCUAUGGCACAGCAGGAGCAGCACCAGCACAGAGCAGGAUUGCAGAGCCAGUUUCCUAUGGCACAGCAGGAGCAGCACUGGCACAGAGCAGGAUUGCAGAGCCAGUUUCCUAUGGCACAGCAGGAGCAGCACAGAGCAGGAUUUCAAAGCCAGUCUUCCCUGCAGGAGCAGCAGAGAGCAGCACAGAGCAGGAUUUCGGAGCUAGCUCUCCCUGGAGCAGCAGGAUUUCAGAGCUAGCUU